AAUUAUCUGAAAUAUGGCGGCGAAGAUGAGAUUGGAACAAGAUGGUACCUUUUACGAGCUGGAGAGACUACAAGAAAGCGCUAAUAGGUAAAAAAACUAAAAUGAGCAGAAAUAGAAUAUCCAUGCAGACAGUGAAAAAUUUUUCUCCUAGUUAUGGCAAUAAAUUUCCUGAUAAUGGUGCCCCUGUGCUUUCUCGAUCUGGUGUUGCGUUGUAUGUCUUGACUAGUUUGUUUAUGUUUAUUUGAAUCGAUACUCCGCAGGCGAAGUGCAAAGUAUGAAGCUGAAAAGAAGGAAAAAUCUGAACUUAGUGAUUUGCAAAGUAAAGGUUGGUGAUGUCUAUACGUAAGAACUUAAUUGAGACGCUGUGGUGCAAAAUGUACCAACAAUAAUAACAACAAAAACCACAACACUGAUAUGAAAUCAUUUAUCUCUGAAACUGUUAGUGGAACAGCUAAGAGCAAGGAGAGAUCAACUCCGCGAGAGGCUAAAGAAUGGUUCUCAUGAAAUUCUACAAGAGUUUUUGCAAUUAGGUAAGUGUGACUUUCCAUAGAUAAAAAAAUUUAAAGCUGAUUUGUGGGAAGUACAACAAGAGGCAAAAAGCAGAUCAUGGUGGUUGCGGAAGAUGCAGUUUCCUAACGGUUUGCAUGGUGGAUUCCGCGUCAGGUGGUUCAGGUUUGAGGCUUGGCUGAGUUGUCAUAUUGUAUCCUUGGGCAACCUUCUCUUCACCUGGGAGUGUAGAUUGGUAGGAGUGAAUUUUUAGGGAAGCGUGAUGAAAUGGUUGAGGUUACCUCUUGAUGGACUGAUAUCCCAUCCAGGGAGAAUAGCAAUACUCUAGUCCUUUCACCCUACAGAAACUGGAUAAGAUGCCGCUGAAAGGCCUCUUGGCUCAACUGCAAAGUUGAUUUUUUUUUUUAAUUAUGGUGUUAACAGAUGAGAUGUUAACAGAAAACAGCAGGAUAGUUGUUAAAAUGCUGUGGUCAACAAAAGUUUUUUUUUAUUGCCAGUGACUCUAUGUUGUAAAACAUAAAACAAAAAUCUUUUAAUUUUGGUGUGAAACUCAGAGAGAUCUAGCACAUGUACAUUGUUGAAUUGUCAUAAAUGUUUUAACAUAACAUUUCACAUAUUUACUUAAUAUCAACAGAUGAAUCCUCCAGGACAGAUUAUUCAGCUGCCUCAAAACAGGUACUAUGAUGACAAAAAUUUUGCUUUAAUAACAUCAGAGGAAUGCUAUGCAAAAGAACUUCAAUAUUGCUAAUGAAAGAGCAUGAUAUUUUGUUAUAAUAAUCACUCCAAAGCCAGAUUGGAAUGAUGAGCCUUGCAUGCAUUAGGAAGAAAACCUUGUCAAAUGGGUUUUGUUGUUUACACUUAGAUUAGUUUAUGAGGUGUUAUCUUUCAAUUCAUAUUAUGCAGUAAUGAUACUGAUCUGUAACUUAACAUUUAACUCCUCACUUUGAUGGUGUUCACCUCUUUCAGUGAAUAUCUCAAGAAACAUACAGUAAUAUUUUUCAGAAAUUGAAAGGAUCCUAUUAAAAUACUCUGUUUAGACAUAAUCACUGAAUACAAUUUUUCAUACUAGUUCAAUUUUACUUUAAUGUUAGAAUGUCCUGACAGCUGUGAGGUUGUUCCGUAAAAGAAAGGUAAGAAAAUGAAAAAAGAUUAAGUUCAAUUAUAGCUCAGGUGGAUCUAGAGAUAUAAGGUUUCUUACUGGUCAAGAAUAAUAUCAUUUGUUCCCAUAAGCACCCCAUACAAGGUGAUUACAUUACUAAAGAAGUGUUUUUAAAAUGGCCACCUUAGGAUUUGUGUUAUGUUUGUAAAAGAGGGACUAAAAGAAAGUGCAGUUGCUUUGAAAAUUGUACAAGAAAUUAUACUAAAACAUUACUCCCCUCAGGCUUGGAAUAUUUUUAAGUAUUUGUUCACAGAAUCUUUACUCAACACUCACGUCACAUUUGGUGUGUAAUUGCAAAUAAAUAGAAUCAAACCUCUUAAAUGGAGCUAACUGAAAUGCAAAAGCUAUGUGGCUGAUCACAGGAAGGAAUUUUCUAGUAAGGAAAGGGUAUCUCCCAAAACUUCUAGUUUCUGAAGUAUGAAACUUGUUUAUCAGCUGUUUCACCUCUGUGAGAUGUAUAGAUAGAAAGGAAAUACCCUGAAUUCUCAGUGAUGGUUUUCAACUAUGUAAACUUCUAUUUCAGCUGGCUGAUCUUUGUGACAGCUACAGGUUGAUGGGUAUUUCAAUAGUAUCACAACAAGCAAAGAGAACUUGCUUCAGAUUUGAGACCUUUUUCAAUUGUAAGUUGAAGUGUUGUUAGUUGUACUUAGCUGAAAUAUGCAGUGCAGCAUGUUGGAAUUGCAAUGACUAAAUGAUUCACUUUCCAGCUGACCUAAUCACAGAUUGAUUUACUGUUGACUGACUUAUCAGUCCUGCUUACUACUGACUACUUGACUCACUCACUGAGUGUCUGUUACUGUCUCACUGUCUCCUUGAAAUGGACUGACUGACUGAUUCACACACUCACUUGCUGUUUCACUGACUCAUUAAAACAGGAUGAAUGACCUAUUUGCUGACUGGCCAAUUUGCUGAAUUACAGAAUAAUUGACUCUGUGGCUCACUAACUAACUGACUGAUUUAAGCACUGAUUUACUGACUAAUCAAUUAAAUAAGUCUAUGUGAGACUCACAGGCCUACUGAUGCUUAGAUUAAAUUAUGAAUUUAUUAAGGAAUAACCUGCCCAAAUAACUUCUGAUUUAAUUGAUGAGCAAGGCAAGUCCAGAGAUUUGUGUUGUGUUGUGACACUUUAAAUGUCAAAUUUUAAUGCUAUAUAUCAACCUUCAGCUAGAUACUAUGAACCGUAUAACCUUGAAGUGGAGUUGAAAGACAAUAAUUUAAAGGUGAGUUUAAAAGUACAAAACAAUUUCUAGGAAUUAAGGUCUAUUUGCAUGAUCUUCUCUCUGUCAUUCACUCCACAUGUGUAUGUUAUACUGGAGGUACUGUACACAAAGUAUACUUUUAGAGAACUAAAAACUGGUGUUGGACCUCUUCUCCUUCACUUGGCUGAAACCAAGCCUUACCUCUAUUUUAUCUUACUGUAAACCUGGAGUUGUAGGUUCUUUUUUAAUGCUAUGUGUUUGAAAUUUCCCUUCAUAUAAUCAGUGUUCUUUGUAUAAAGGACCAAGGUAUUUCUUCUUUAGAUUUUUUUCCAAUUUUGUUGGUUGAUUUGAUUAUACCUGUUAGAUUCACAAGCAUACUGUACCUUACUUCAUACCUGUUGAUGCAAUUAGUAAGCAGUACUUAAACACUGACAUCAAGGUACCUUGUAUCUAUACUUUUGUUGAUUUUUUUUUUUUUUCAAGAAAUCUCUGUCUGCACAUUAUUUAGAUGCUUAAAAAAAACACUUUGCUAAAAUUUAUGUUGUUGUAUUGAUUGCAAGUAGAUUGACAAGAACUGGCUGUUCUGCUAUACAGUUGCUCCAUGUGGAUCGUCUGAUAGUUUCUUUCUACUUUGGUUUUAAUGGUUCUCCAAAUUAUUUCCCUGCUUCUACUAAGAAACAUUUGGUCAUUUUGAUUUCCUCCUGUAUGAUAUUCAUGCUACCUUUUUAAAUUAUUUUAGAGGUUUUUCAUGAUCAUUUGUGAGCAUCUUAAUGCUUUUGUGGCAAGAAGAGAACAGGUAAGCAAAAAUCUUGACUCCCUGGAUACUAUGUCAUAAACCCUUUACACCCUAACAUCAGUAUGCAUAUUCUCCAUACUGUUCUCCAUGUUUCUUGAGUUUGCCAACAAGGAGAAUUUUUUAACAAUCAAGUGCUUCGGUUCUUGGUGAACAGUUCCUCAAUUCUCCCAACCUUAAUUUGCGAUUCAGUGGUGAUAUUCUAGAGAGAAAUUAGAUGUGAUUCACUCCCAGGGGGUCCAUGGUCAAUAAUGAAAAUCACAAAGUGUUAUCAAUGUGAUUGUAGCAGUACAUGUUGUCUUCAGUAGCAUCUUGAAUGAUUUGAUAUUUUUAUAAGUGAGGCCUUCAUCUGAUGUUUUGUGUGAUCAUAGGUUUGCCUUUGUCAAGAGCAGCAUGGAGAUAAACUGGAAGGAGAGAUAUCUUGCAGCCCCUCGCAUGAUUUUGUGAUGUUGAAAUUAAAGGUAAGCAUGUUACUGCCAAACAGUUGAUCAAUUUGUGAGAAUCUAAGUUUAAUCCAGGAUUGCAUUUCUUUAAGCUUAACUGUGCUCUUUAAUUGGUCUGGAAAACUUGUGCCAACCUCUUGACCAAUCAAUUUCAAACAAAUCACAACUUGAUCAGCCGCAAUUUUUUCAGCACUUCAGGUAGCUUGCCUGAUUUUACUUUGAGUUUCACUGGAUUUUGUGAUAUUUUCCUUUCCUUCUGACUGGCUGUUAUGAUUGCUUUAGUUUGGGUCUUAUAACACUCAAUGUAAAAGGGCUUUACAAUUGUCUGUUACAAUGUAACUAUCAUCUGUCUAACCACUAUAAUGGUUUCCAAAAUGUAAUCUUUUAUUCUCAUUUGUCAGGCUGCACAGGGUCAAGUUAAAGGCACCAUUGUGAAACUAACAUAUAGAGGACUCACAUCAACACGACCAUCCCAUGUUGAUCUAAUUACUGAAGGUAAGAAAAGAUGAAUGUACACUGGUGUGAACCUAAAGGAAAAAUUAGAGGAUGUUAAUUUGAGGCCAUAUUCAAGUAAACAAGGUAGCUUGGUACUUAAAUGAAAGUUUUAGAAUUCUAUGGAGUGCAAGUUAGUUCUGAAUGGUCUCUUGAUUUAUGUUCUUUCUCUUGUUUUCAAAUUUUAUCCUUCCUCAGGGAAAAGUGCCGUAGCAUUGAGAAGACUUCAAAGAAAGAGAAAAUUUUUCGAAGAUCUCUAUCUCCACCAAGCAUUUGCUGAAGCUUUUAAUGAAGAGUUUGAAACUUGA